AUGGUGUUCAGAAACUUCACCAUUUCCUACGAAAUCAUCAAAUCUCUGAGAAAUUCGAAGAAAUCAUUACAAUUAAACCCAAAUUUAGGCCAUCAAAUCAGAUCGAUCUCGAGCUUGAAAGUGGUAUGGAAGAAAGACAGGAAGCUAGACGAAGCAAUCGAGCAAGACAAACGUUACAAGCUCUGUGCUCGUGUAGUGAAAGAAGUCCUAAACGAGCCAGGUCAAGUCAUUCCUCUCAGGUACCUUGAGAAACGUCGCGAGAGAUUACGCCUCACUUUCAAAGCUAAGACCUUUGUUGAAAUGAACCCUUUCCUCUUCGAGAUCUACUACGAUCGGAUCAAACCCAAAUCGGAUCUCGUCCAAUUCGUCAGACCCACGACUCGUCUCAGAGCUUUCCUCGACGAAGAACAGAGGAUUUAUGCAGAGAACGAGCCUUUGAUUGUUUCGAAGCUUUGUAAAUUGUUGAUGAUGGCGAAAGAUAAGGUAAUCAAUGCUGAUAAACUUGUUCAUGCCAAGAGAGAGUUUGGGUUUCCGAAUGAUUUUCUUGUGAAAUUGGUUCGGAAAUACCCAAAUUAUUUCCGGCUUAAUGGUUUGCCUGAAGAAGGUCAGUCUUUUCUCGAGCUAGUUGAUUGGAAUCCUGAAUUCGCUAAAUCGACGAUCGAGCUUAGAGCGGAGGAAGAAACCCGUAAAACCGGUGUUCGAAUCCGACCCAAUUUCGAUGUUAAAUUGCCUUCUGGGUUUUUCUUGAGGAAUGAGAUGAGAGAGUGGACUAGGGAUUGGUUAGAGCAAGACUACAUAUCACCAUACGAGGAUGUUUCUCAUUUAGAUCAAGCUUCUAAGGAAAUGGAGAAACGAACAGUUGGUGUUUUACAUGAAUUGUUGUCUCUCUCGUUGUUGAAGAGAGUCCCUGUGCCUAUACUUGGGAAAUUCUGCGACGAAUUCCGGUUUUCGAACGCGUUCUCGAGUGUUUUCACUCGCCAUUCAGGUAUAUUCUACUUGUCAUUGAAAGGAGGGAUCAAGACUGCAGUAUUGAGAGAAGCUUAUAAAGAUGAGCAGUUGAUUGAUAGAGAUCCUUUGCUUGAUAUUAAGGAUAAGUUCUUGAGGUUAUUAGAGGAAGGAUGGCAAGAAAGGAAAGAUAGAUUGAAAAAACAGAGAGAAGAUGUUCAGAAAGAUAGGGAGAUGUUGUUAGCUGCGAAAAGCGAGGAACCCGAAGAGCGUCUCUGCGAUUAA